CUGCCGCCGCGUCCAGGGAACAUGCAAUGCGGUGCAGUGUAGCGCAGUGGCCGCGCCUGGGCGCUGCUGGGGCAAGGCGGGCGUCUCUUUUCGGCUCUGUGUACAAACGCGCGGGCUGACCCUGAUUGGCUGAAGGAAGGCAACAACGGCCGGGACGCGGGCUCGGGGGUCGCCAGAGUCGCCGCGGCUUCUCCCGCCUCCUGCUCCCCCUCGCCUCCUCCUCGCAGGUCUCUCGUGAGCGACUCGCCGGCCAGCCGCUGCUGAAAGGGACUGUGGCGAGGGGCGCCUCCCGCUCCCUCAGCCGCCGCCGCUGCGCGCGACCCUCGCGCGGAAAAUGCUGCCUCCGCUCUUCGGAGCCCCGCUUGGAUAAUUCCUCCCCAUGUACUUGACCUCGCCGCCGCCGCCGCCGCCGCUCCUUAGGCCGGGUAAAGGAUGCUGCCCUGGCCGGUGGGGGGCUGUGACCAGGGGAUCCGCGCCCGCCCGCUCGCCUCCCGUCCCGGCCCUGGGGACUGCUGCCCCUGCCUCGGCUGCUAGCUCCUUCGGCGAGCGAUGACUUCGAAGCACCAGGCGGACUGGAUCCCUUACAGCGUUUUAGAUGAUGAGAGCAGCAAUCUCCGACAACAAAAGCUUGACAGACAGCGAGCAUUACUUGAGCAGAAGCAGAAGAAAAAACGUCAGGAGCCACUGAUGGUUCAGUCCAAUGUGGACAGCCGGACAAGGGCGCGCAGAAUGAAACAGUCAGAAGAACAAGCACCAUUGGUUGAAUCUUACCUCAACAGCAACAGCAGCACCAUUUAUAAUGUACAGGAGCCUGAGCAAGAGGACGUAAAGGUGGUAGCAGAGUCACAAGCUCCAAAGUCAACUAAAAAAGCCAAGGCAGCCACAGGAGGCUGCCAAACUGGCAACAUCAGAAAGGAGAAAAAGGGGAAGCACAAAGGAAUUGAUGGUCCGGCCGCUUUUCAAGAUGAUGUACAGGAAGUAGGGAGCCAAGUUCAAAUACUUACUGUUGGAGAGGCUUGCCAAGAUGAGGAUGAUGGUGAGACAAUAGCUACCAGUCAACAACAAGGGACACAGGACCUUAGACUGACAAUGCAGAAGAAAGGCAUUUCAAGUAGCAUGAAUUUUGAUGAAGAGGAGGAUGAGGAGGAUGAAGACAGCUCAAGUUCAUCACAGUUGAAUAGUAAUACACGACCAGGCUCUGCAACAAGCAAGAAAUCAAAUAAGGAGUCGGCCUCUGGGCCUAGCCCUUCGACAAACAACCCCGUCAUAGACGUAGACGACCUGGAGGUGUUUGCUGUGAGACCUGCUCCUCAGGGGGUUACUGUCAAAUGCCGAAUCACAAGGGACAAGAAGGGAAUGGACCGUGGAAUGUACCCUACUUACUACCUCCACCUGGAAAGGGAAGAUGGGAAAAAGGUAUUUUUGUUAGCUGGAAGAAAGCGAAAGAAGAGCAAAACCUCAAAUUACCUCAUCUCCAUUGACCCUACAGACCUGUCACGAGGAGGAGAGAGUUUCAUUGGAAAGCUAAGAUCAAAUCUUAUGGGGACUAAGUUUACAGUGUAUGAUAAUGGAGUAAACCCAAUGAAAACAACGUUGAGCUUGGAGGCAAGUAAUCUGCGCCAGGAGCUAGCUGCUAUUUGCUACGAAACAAAUGUUUUGGGGUUUAAAGGUCCUCGUAAGAUGAGUGUCAUCAUACCAGGGAUGAAUAUGGACCAUGAGAGAGUUUCCAUCAGGCCACGCAAUGAGCAUGAAACUCUCCUUGCAAGGUGGCAGAAUAAAAACACAGAAAGUGUCAUUGAGCUGCACAACAAAACUCCAGUCUGGAACGAUGACACCCAGUCUUACGUUUUAAAUUUCCAUGGUCGCGUGACACAGGCCUCAGUGAAAAAUUUUCAAAUUAUUCACGAUAAUGAUCCUGACUAUAUUGUGAUGCAGUUUGGCCGUGUGGCAGAAGAUAUUUUCACUAUGGACUACAACUACCCAAUGUGUGCACUUCAAGCCUUUGCUAUUGCCCUGUCCAGUUUUGACAGCAAGCUGGCUUGUGAGUGAACUAGCUUACAUCCGAGCCUCUCUACCGCCAGGACCACAUGCCACCAGAAGAAGGAGGAGUAAAGAGAUGUUCCAGGUUUU